UUCAAGGUGUCUCGAUGCUUUACUCGGGCUCAGAUACAAGAACUCCCUGCUCCGCUGAGUGUGUUAUUUUUUGAGCACAGUUGCAAGAGAUGUGACAUUGCUAGUGACUUAUAUAAAGCCAUCAACACAAUUACAGGCAUAGACGCCCCGGAGGUCGUCAGAGCUGUGAGCAGAUAUAGUCCCAGGUUCUGGCAGCUUGGAAUUGCGAGGUGUAUGUCCUCGGCCGCAAACCAGCAGACCAAUCUAGUCGAGGAUCGAGACUAUUCGUUCCUUAGGCUCUUCGAUCUCAACAUGCCGUUGAUCUACGGAGAGAGAGAGCAAGCAUGCAUUCCAUCGUCUAUAAGAAGAAAUCAUCAACGUCAAUGA